CGGGUGACGUCAGAGGGAGCCGCCAUCUUGGCAGAGAGCUGUCCAGCUGAGCUGUCGGAGCUGCGGUGAGGAAGCCGGGGGAUGAUCCCAGGCCGGCCCGGCAGAUAGCGCUCCCUCAGCCCGCAGCACCCCCGCUCCGUGUCCGCUCACCAUGACAUCCCUCACCCAGCGCAGCUCCGGCCUGGUCCAGCGCCGCUCAGACAGAGACAGGCCGCCCGACGGCGACAGCGAGGACCGGGACCGGGAGGAGCAGGAGGAGGACGAGAAGGCCGGAGACAAGGAGGCUCGGCUCACCCUGAUGGAGGAGGUGCUGCUACUGGGACUGAAGGACAGGGAGGUGAGAGAUACACUGUGUGUGUGUGUGUGUGUGAUAACAGUGGCAGACUGUUAUAUUAUACACUGUGUGUGUGUGUGUGUGUGAUAACAGUGGCAGACUGUUAUAUUAUACACUGUGUGUGUGUGAUAACAGUGGCAGACUGUUAUAUUAUACACUGUGUGUGUGUGAUAACAGUGGCAGACUGUUAUAUUAUACACUGUGUGUGUGUGUGUGUGUGUGUGUGAUAACAGUGGCAGACUGUUAUAUUAUACACUGUGUGUGUGUGUGAUAACAGUGGCAGACUGUUAUAUUAUACACUGUGUGUGUGUGUGUGUGUGUGUGUGUGUGUGAUAACAGUGGCAGACUGUUAUAUUAUACACUGUGUGUGUGUGUGAUAACAGUGGCAGACUGUUAUAUUAUACACUGUGUGUGUGUGUGUGUGUGUGUGUGAUAACAGUGGCAGACUGUUAUAUUAUACACUGUGUGUGUGUGUGAUAACAGUGGGAGACUGUUAUAUAUACACUGCGGUGUGUGUGAUAACAGUGGCAGACUGUUAUAUUAUACACUGUGUGUGUGUGUGGUGUGAUAACAGUGGCAGACUGUUAUAUUAUACACUGUGUGUGUGUGUGAUAACAGUGGCAGACUGUUAUAUUAUACACCGUGUGUGUGUGUGUGUGUGUGAGAUAACAGUGGCAGUGACUGUUAUAUUAUACACUUCAGGUGUGUGUGUGUGAUAACAGUGGCAGAGAGACUGUUAUAUUAUACACUGUGUGUGUGUGUGUGAUAACAGUGGCAGAGACUGUUAUAUUAUACACUGUGUGUGUGUGUGAUAACAGUGGCAGACUGUUAUAUUAUACACUGUGUGUGUGUGUGUGUGUGUGUGUGUGUGUGAUAACAGUGGCAGACUGUUAUAUUAUACACUGUGUGUGUGUGUGAUAACAGUGGCAGACUGUUAUAUUAUACACUGUGUGUGUGUGUGUGUGUGUGUGUGAUAACAGUGGCAGACUGUUAUAUUAUACACUGUGUGUGUGUGUGAUAACAGUGGCAGAGACUGUUAUAUUAUACACUGUGUGUGUUAUACACCGUGUGUGUUAUACACUGUGUGUGUGUGUUAUAUUAUUCACUGUGUGUGUGUGAUCAGUGACAGACUGUUAUAUUAUACACUGUGUGUGUGUGUGUGAUAACAGUGGCAGAGACUGUGUGUUAUAUUAUACACUGUGUGUGUGUGUGUGAUAACAGUGGCAGAGACUGUGUGUUAUAUUAUACACUGUGUGUGUGUGAUAACAGUGGCAGAGACUGUGUGUGUUAUAUUAUUCACUGUGUGUGUGUGAUCGGUGACAUACUGUUAUAUUAUACACUGUGUGUGUUAUACACUGUGUGUGUGUGUUAUAUUAUUCACUGUGUGUGUGUGAUCAGUGACAGACUGUUAUAUUAUACACUGUGUGUGUGUGUGAUAACAGUGGCAGAGACUGUGUUAUAUUAUACACUGUGUGUGUUAUACACUGUGUGUGUGUGUUAUAUUAUUCACUGUGUGUGUGUGAUCAGUGACAUACUGUUAUAUUAUUCACUGUGUGUGUGUGAUCAGUGACAUACUGUUAUAUUAUACACUGUGUGUGUGUGAUCAGUGACAGACUGUUAUAUUAUACACUGUGUGUGUGUGUGAUAACAGUGGCAGAGACUGUGUGUUAUAUUAUAUUAUACACUGUGUGUGUUGUGGUAAGUGACAGAGAAUGUGUUAUAUUAUAUUAUACACUGUGUGUUAUAUUAUAUACUGUGUGUGUCUGUUAUAUUAUACACUGUGUGUGUGUUGUCUGUUAUAUUAUACACUGUGUGUGUGUUAUAUUAUAUUAUACACUGUAUGUCACUGUUAUACCUGUGAUAACAGUGACAGAGAACCACAUACAGAGACUGUGUAUAGUGUAUUAUACACUGUGUGUAUAGUGUGUUAUAUUAUAUUGUACACUGUGCGUGUGUGUUAUUUUAUACAAUGUGUGUGUUAUUUUAUACACUGUGUGUGUUAUUUUAUACACUGUGUGUGUUAUUUUAUACACUGUGUGUGUGUUAUAUUAUACACUGUGUGUGUGUUAUAUUAUACACUGUGUGUCACUGUUAUACCUGUGAUAACAGUGACAGAGAACCACAUACAGAGACUGUGUGUAUAGUGUGUUAUAUAAUACACUGUGUGUAUUAUAUUAUACACUGUGCGGUGAUAACAGUGACAGAGAACCACAUACAGAGACUGUGUAUAGUGUAUUAUACACUGUGUGUAUAGUGUGUUAUAUUGUACACUGUGUGUGUGUGUAAUAUUAUAUUAUACACUGUGUGUGUGUGUUAUUUUAUACACUGUGUGUGUUAUUUUAUACACUGUGUGCUAACAGUGAAAGAGAAUGUGUGUUAUACACUGUCUGUGUGUGGUGUGUUAUACACUGUCUGUGUGUGGUGUGUUAUACACUGUCUGUGUGUGGUGUGUUAUACACUGUCUGUGUGUGGUGUGUUAUACACUCUGUGUGUGGUGUGUUAUACACUGUCUGUGUGUGGUGUGUUAUACACUGUCUGUGUGUGGUGUUUUAUACACUGUGCGGUGAUAACAGUGACAGAGAACCACAUACAGAGACUGUGUGUAUAGUGUAUUAUAUUAUACAGUGUGUGUGUGUAAUAUUAUUAUACACUGUGUGUGUGUGUGUGUUAUAUUAUACACUGUGCUGUGAUAAGUGACAGAGAACCACAUACAGAGACUGUGUGUAUAGUGUGUUAUAUUAUACACUGUGUGUGUUUUAUUAUACACUGUGCGGCGAUAACCGUGACAGAGAACCAUAUACAGAGACUGUGUGUUAUAUAUUAUACACUGUGCGGUGAUAACAGUGACAGAGAACCACAUACAGAGACUGUGUGUAUUAUAUUAUACACUGUGCUGUGAUAAGUGACAGAGAACCACAUACAGAGACUGUGUGUAUAGUGUAUUAUAUUAUACACUGUGUGUGUGUGUAAUAUUAUAUUAUACACUGUGUGUGUGUGUGUUAUAUUAUACACUGUGCUGUGAUAAGUGACAGAGAACCACAUACAGAGACUGUGUGUAUAGUGUGUUAUAUUAUACACUGUGUGUGUUUUAUUAUACACUGUGCGGCGAUAACCGUGACAGAGAACCAUAUACAGAGACUGUGUGUUAUAUAUUAUACACUGUGCGGCGAUAACAGUGACAGAGAACCACAUACAGAGACUGUGUGUAUAGUGUAUUAUAUUGUACACUGUGUGUGUGAAACCGUAAAAUUAUAUAAAAUAAUUUGGCAGCAAAAAGAAGAAUUUUUGUAGAAAAACUAUACUUCUAUAAGCCUCACAGUGGGCAAUUGUUGUACACUGCUGGAUGUGAACUUAGGUCAAUACUAAGCAGUCUUUUAAUAAGAUAUUAUUGGAGCCAAUAUUUGUUGUUUCUCCAGCAGGUAUGCGGCAAUGCUGGAUGAUAUUGUAAAGCGCUACGGAAUCUGUUGGCGCUAUAUAAAUGGCAACUAUAAUAAUAAUAAUAGCCUGAAUCCUAUAAAUCUGACUGCCAGUUAGCACAUGAGACAAAAUGGAAUGAAAAUGACCCUAGCGUGUGUUCUCUUUCUCAAGUGAGAGGGAAUACUGCAGACUAGAAAAAAAGUGGUUACACAGCAUAUACCAGCUUUUAGUACAUUUGAACAAAUGGGAAAGGGUUGCCAUUGAACUACAAAUAGUGCGGCCCACCAGCCUGGUGGUGCUGCCUAUUCUGUGAGAGGUCAGCAAAUGCUGGGAGUUGUGUACAAGCAGAUCUUCUAACACAGAUGGCGAUAAUUUGGUGGGUGAGACAUUGACUUUCAGCUACAUGGAAACCACCCAGUCAUAAGUAGAGCUGAUAAACAAGUAGGAACCAAGAUGUUUUGUUGUAUUUCAUUUUAUUUUUGUUGCUUCUACGAACUUGUAUAGAUAGGUAUAAUUAUAUUUUUUCAUCUCUUAUCCGUUUGUGAUAUUUAUUUAAGAUUUAAAAAAGUCUUGAGCUCUAGUUUAUAUAGAGAAGAGCUUGUUUUUUUGAUUCGUAUUAUAAUGAUAAACUCCUACAGUCGCCCUGUUCUGAUUAUAGAAACAGACUUCUUUUCAGAUGCUUAAGGAAUCUGUCAGGGCAUGUUUGUAGACAGCAUUAAGUGUCGCUAGACAUCAGUACACAAAACUGCUGUUUUACUUAAUCAGAAUUUUGAGCGAUUUAUUUAUUUUUCCAAAAGGUGAAUGAGCAAAGGUAGUAGACAAAGGGAGGUAACCGUAAAAAAACAAAAAACAAACUGUGACCAUGGAAAGAUCAUAAGGGCCUGGCUGUAGGUAGAUAAUUUGUCUCAUGAGGAAGGGAAGAGGGGAAACAGACCAUCAAAAGAACAUGUAGGGAGACUGGAAUAGUUCACAUGAGAAAACACAUUUUACAGUGAACAAUAAGUUGGACUGUAUGAGCAUGAGCUGGGGGCAAACAAUCCAACGGGUUUCUUCUUGACAGUGCUCUGAUGGCACAGCCUGCAAAGGAAAAAGCCAAUCACAUCUGGCAACAGCUGUAAUUUUUGCACAGAACCAAAAUUAGGCAGUUUGGAUUACAGCUCCAAGUCGACUUACCUCACAUGUGCCGGGGUGCAUCUAGAUCCGGCACAAAAGUGAUGAUUUUUCUGUAUAAGUAGUGAUUCGCGAUAAAACUCAGAAAAUAGCGGUUGCUUGCUCCAUGACCAUUUCUAAAAGCAGAACUGAAGGUUUGGGGUAACCCUUUAAACAAUCAAAUUUGAUAGUGUAAAAUAUAUAAAGUAAGGAUUUAAUGCUUCUGUGUGAAGCAUUGGUUUGACCGAGCACAUUACCUGCUGUGCUUGUGCUCUGUUUUUAAAGGUUACCUAUAGGCACCCAGACCACUUCAUCUGAUUGAAGUGGUCCGGGUGCAGUGUCCCUGUAAUUUUAGCCCUGCAGCUGAAAACAUUGCGGUUUCAGUGAAACUUCAAUGCUAAUAUUGCAGGGUUAAGCCUGCCUUUAAUGGCCAUCAACUAGACAGCCACUAGAAGCGCCUCCUGACCUUUCACAGAGUUUGCCUCCAUGAAACGACGCUUUUUAAAUCUAAGCUUGUCCUUUAAUCUCAACUUUGCACUAAAUGUAAUGAUUUUACUAUAAAAGCACAGAUACAUAAUUAAAGGGAUGCUAUAAUCACUUAAACGGCAAAUUUAUUUUAUGAUUUUAUUUGUUCUUGUUCUAAAUGACUUAAUAUAAAUAGCUAACUGGUCCAAGGCAUCUAAAAAUGCUCUGUAGUGCAGUGUAACCAACCCACACCCUUUACAACAUGAGUCUCUCUGGUUAGCACUGUACACCUCCUAAAAAUGUAAGCAGGCAAGCAUCUGACAGAUAAAUACUGUUUGUUUUUUAAAUAUUUUUAAUCUAUUAUAUAUUUUCAAAACGUCCAAAUACAGUCUCCUUCCCUUAUAAAGGACAACUGAACCCUGAACUUUCCAGUGUUUGCCUGUUCUUAAGACAGGUCAGGUAGCUGAGUUCCCUGACUGCCUUUGGCAGAAUAGGUUAAGCUACUCUCAUUGUUUGUGUUUUGAACAGAUUGGUGAUGGGAUUGUGGCUCCUGGAGGGCUCAGUCUGGCUUUUGGAAAGGACUACCUGGCCUGUGCGCUUACCCUUCAUUUAUCUUAGACUAUGGACCACAGGACGUGCUCCUGUGUUUCACUCCUUUAUCACAUCGACCCAAGCCAUGCCGGAAGAGGCGCAGGUGCAUUUGUACGCACGGCUCUGAGCCUCUGUAGGUGGAAAGCACACUGAAGCCUAAAGUCAUGAUAUUUAAACCUAGCAGUAACUAUGUGGCCUCCAGGUUUUGUGUCACAUUAGUUACCAGCUGUCCAGCACACCAGAGGCCUAUUAAGGUUAGACAUGUAGCUUUUACUUGAAUAGUAUUUUUCUCUCCUAAACAAGUUCAGUUUUGCCUAUGUAACUUGUCAGGUGCAAUCCACAUUAGCCUCUGUGUGUUCCACCAUUUUAUCAUACAUACAGCGAUUGAAUUAGGCAAGGUUGUUGGUACACCAAUUCCUUAUAGCCUCUAUUUCCGUAUAGAAGACAUGAGAUCUUUAAAGGGACACUAUAUAGUCACCUGAACAACUUUAGCUUAAUUAAUCAGUUUUGGUGUAUAGAACAUGCCCCUGCAGCCUCACUGCUCAAUCCUCUGCCAUUUAGGAGUUAAAUCCCUUUGUUUAUGAACCCUAGUCACACCUCCCUGCACAGCCUUCCAUAAACACUUCCUGUAAAGAGAGCCCUAUUUAGGCUUUCUUUAUUGCAAGUUCUGAUUAAUUAAGAUUUUCUUAUCCCCUGCUAUGUUAAUAGCUUGCUAGACCCUGCAAGAGCCUCCUGUAUAUGAUUAAAGUUCAAUUUAGAGAUUAAGAUACAAUUAUUUAAGGUAAAUUACAUAUUUUUGAAAGUUUAACUAGUUUUUGUUUUUCAUGCAGGCUCUGUCAAUCAUAGCCAGGGGAGGUGUGGCUAGGGCUGCAUAAACAGAAACAAAGUGAUUUAACUCCUAAGUUACAGUGAAUUGAGCAGUGGAAUUGCAGGGGAAUUAUCUAUACACUAAAACUGCUUUAUUUCGCUAAAGUAAUUUAGGUGACUAUAGUGUUCCUUUAAGGUAAGUAGAUAUUGGGUUAUGUUCCAGUAAACCUGUUUGUAUAUUUUAGGCUAUUUCCAAGGCUUAGUUUUGCACUGGGGAAAAAACUUUACCCUGUGUAUGCUGGUCUGAGUGUUGUAGAAAGACUGGGUUCCCUAUAAUGUGUGUGUGAAACCCAAAUCUUUGUGGAACACACGCACAGGUUCUGUCUCUCCAAUAACCAGAAAAGUAAUGUGCGCACAGGUUUAAAUUCAUCUCCUCCACCAGCAAAUGAAUGUACAAGUUAUUUAUAUCCUGUUUCGGUGCAGAAUACCCACCUAUGUACAGCCUAACUGCCUGUUUGUGUGCAGUGUCCAGACCACUAAAUUCUGUGUAUUUUCUUUCUUGUCUUUAAACACACUAAGAUAUUUGGUGCACUAGUGAGACCUGUAAAGGUAGAUACGUACUUGGUGUAUGUGAAAUGUACAAUCAGGGAUAUUACUCCCCAAGUUUCAAUUACAAUUUUUUUUUUUUUUGUAAAUAGUAUUUUUUAUUUAUUUUUUAUGUGAAAGGUCAAUAAAAAAGUGAAUAUCGUUUAGGCUCGCAGGCCUCAUGUUUAGCAUCGUCAUAAGCGUUUAGUUGCGCUUGAAUCACACAGGUUUCAGCAUGGUACAGUAUUGCUAGUAUUUGAGAUACGCAGAUAUCGCUUUCAGUAUCUUCCGUGCGGCACACAGGCCCCUUCGUUAGAUUAAUGGCUUUUACCUUAGAUGUGUGUUGCGGUGGUCUGUGGGUCCCCUAAGUGUUACGUCUGUCGGGUGAUUACCCUCGUCGGUAGCUAAGUGAAGUGUACCCGCUCUCGGGUCCACAGGCGUGUGUGAUUGGCAGCGCCUGUGUGUCGAGGGAUCGGUCUGGGUUCUCUGUGUUUAAACUGGCAUUUGCUCCCAGACAGUGCGUUGUUUGGUGUGAAGGCGUGAGCAUUCUGCCUACGGUCUAGGUGUAAGCUAUGUGUCAGCCGUCUGUGGGUGCGGCCACCUCCUGUGAGUCGUAUCUCCACGCGGUUGUGCCGCUCAGUAUAGUUUUUUUUGCGGUUGUAGGCAGCCCCUAUGGGUGGUGUUUUACUGGUUCUGGUUGAUCGCUCUCGUUGGUUGUGUUGGUUAAUUGGUUACAAUUAUUUAUGUAGUGCCAACAUAUUCUGUAACGCUGUACAAUUGGUAAACCAACACAAACAAUCCUGACAAAAUCCUUUUUUGAUGUACAAAAGCAAUAGGUGAAGAGAGCCCUACCCGAACAAGCUCACAAUCUGAAAAGUUCAGGAUUUUCCUUGGACAUAGUACAUGCCUCUACAAUUUUACCAUUAACAGGGUUGUUUUAACUCUGUAUGCUGUCAGUCUAAAUUGGCUACAUGAAACCUUGUGCUUCUUGAAUUUCUGUCAUCUUAUGUUACUGACUAUAUUUGAGUUGAGCUACUUAUCCUGUUCUGAUAGUGACAUUCUCACUUUAAGUCUAUGGCAGAGUUUAACUUCUGCUGCUUUUACUAAUUUAUUUUGAGAUGUGUGUGUGUGUGUGUGUGUGUGUGUGUGUAUGUAUAUAUAUAUAUAUAUAUAUAUAUAUAUAUAUAUAUAUAUAUAUAUAUAUAUAUAUAUAAUGUGUGUAUAGAGAUAUAUAUUUACACACACACACAGAUACGUGGCAAGUGUGCAUUCACUUCACUGCAAAUAUGAGAACUCUACCUAUCUUAAAAGACACUGUGGAAAUAUUUUAGUUUAAACAUGCUUUAGUUUGCUGCCCAGAGCACACAAAGGGUCAUUCAUUCUCCUGGUAGGCAGAGCACUGUAAUUCCAUUAACGUCACAUUCACUUUUAAAUUCUAAGACGUCCUGUGAAUAAGCCCUUCCUCUGUAAGGUCUCUGGAAAAAUAAGUUUUCUUCAAUCAUUUAUCAGUCCUGAGAAAGGUGUGAAUUUUUUUUUUCUUCUUCUUUUGGGUAAAUUAAAACAUUGUUCAUUGCAUAAGACUAAAGAAAAAUCAAUUAUUGCAGUGGAAAAUACUCUUCAUAUUUCAUAUGUCUUUGUUUAAGAGAAUAAAAUAAUUUCUGGGAAAAGUCCUUUUCCUCUAUUCCUUAUCGAACCUGCUCCUUGUUAGACUCUAGAUCUAAAUGGUAUUUAUAAAGUUAAGUUCUGAAACUCAAGAACAUUCUUUCAGGAAAGCAUUGUCACUAACACAUGCAACCCAAUGCUUAUGUAUAAAGAAAAUCAGGUUUUAAAACUUGUUGGCUGCAAUUGGAGAACUUUACCCUCAGCUACAUUAUGUUUCAUGUAUAGCACGUGAAAGAAUAAAAACACAAAGCGCAAAAAUAAAUAAAUAAAUAAAAUACUGAAGGACCACUAAAAGAAGAACCCAGACCACUUUAUCCCUUUAGCUUUAACCCUUGCGGUUUACUAGAUUUUGUUUUCAGGGUUAGCACACAUGAUGUCCCCUGUCUUCCUGACAGCCACUAGAAACGCUUCCCCUAUGUGAAGUUACUUUGUUCUCAAUCAAAUGCUGCUCCAAGAGCGUAUUUGAUUGGCGCAGGAAGAUUAGUGAUCUCAGCCAAGGAAGCGGAACAGUCGCAGUGAGGGCUAGAGUGUGAGUUAAUACUUUUUUUCUUUAAAAAAUAUAUAUAUUUUUAAUUAUUUGAGGAAUGGGAACCUAAAUAGUCAGUAGGACACUAUGGCAGUACAUGCUUGUAUUUUGGCUGGGGGAUUGUGGAUGCGGGCGACUGGCUGCGCGUAUUGUUCCUGGGCGGCGAGGGAGCUGUGCUGUCCAUGAUAUGCUCUCUUGCGUGGCGGUUAGUGCGGAUGGGGCUGGAAUAUGAUAUCUCUAAGCGGUGCGAGGGAGCAGAACAGUGACAUCACAACUUCCUUUGCCGUCCGACUACUAUUUGCGCAGCCGGCCCAUUGCCUGCCUCCACAAUCCCUAUGGCAGAAAGUAUCAAGCUUGAUAAUCUUAGCCAAUCCAAUGUUUUUCCACAGGCAAGUAUUGGUAGGCUGUUGCGCAUGUGCUGCAAAACGCUGCACCAAUCAGUAUCUCCUCAUAGAGAUGCAUUGAAUAAAUGAAUCUCUAUGGGGAACGUUCAGCGCUGCUGUGUAGAGCGUGGAGGUGCUGCACGCUGUGCAGAGCGUGGAGGUGCUGCACGCUCACUCUGACCCAGGAAGCACCUCUAGAGGCUGUCUGAGUGACUUCCACUAGAGAUGUCACUAGGAAGCAAUGUAAACACUGCCUUUUCUCUGAAUGUUUACAUUGAAAAGCCUUCAGGGUCAGUCUAUAGACACCAGAACCACUACAUUAAGUCUUUAAGAAUUGUAUUUUUGUUGUUGAAUAUAAAGCUUUGUAAGUUUAAAAACAAUCUGGCUCCUAACUUCUUUAAUUGGCCCCUAUAUUCAAAGCAAAUUUGUCAAACCCUAUAUUAUAGUGUUCUUUAACUUAUGAGGCAAGCAUAGACUGUAAGAAGGAUCAUUGAGACUAAUCUUGAUGGGCGUAACGCUAAAUAAUUAUUGGUAACCUAGGUGACAAAUGGUGACACAACUUCUGUUUCUUGUUGCUCAUUAUGCAUGUGCAUGCACCUUGCCAAAAAUCAGUGCAAGAUUUGACAAUCUUCAGUAAACUCUUGUUUUAUUCCCCCCUAAUUCCGGACGGAUUUUUGUAUAAAGAUUUAUUGUAGUAACCUCGAAAAUCAUGUUGGCUACAUUUUUAUGUUAGAUUUAUUUUGGUCUGUGCAUUCAUUAGAGUUUUCGCAAUUGGACAUUUUUAUAUUCUCAUCAAUGUUUGCCUUGUAAAGCAGAAUGUUGGAGGUGAAAUUUUGUUUUUUUCUUUCAGGGUUAUACAUCUUUUUGGAAUGACUGUAUUUCCGCUGGGUUACGUGGCUGUAUGUUAAUUGAACUAGCAUUCAGGGGACGAAUUGCUCUUGAAGCUGGAGGGAUGAGGCGUAAAAGUCUACUGUCAAGAAAGGUAAAAAAAAAAAAUUACUUUGUGGUUGUUUUUUUUUUUUGGCAAAAAAAAAUCUCAAUUGGCUUGGUGUGAUCUAUUGAAUUUAAAGAAAUGUUUCUGUGACCCAUUUAACUGUAAUGUAGUAUAUCACCACAUAAAUUCAUCAGGGUACCUUCAUUAUACUUUCCCUAUUGUGAAAGGUAUCUUCAUUGUGCAUAAGAAGACUGUGUUCCUGCAAAAUCAACUGAGGGCAGUUGCAUGAGCCCUAGGGAAUAAGAUGUGCCUGUUAGAACCAUUGGGAUUCACUAACCGCAUUGGGCAUUCAAAUUUAGAUCACGUCACAGGAGACAAUCUAGUAACUUUGACUACUCUGGUGCGAUUGGGUUGUCCGCACUUUCUCUUUACUCUUUGGAAAGACAGUUUUUGUUUGGUUUGACCAAAAACUAGGGUUCUCCAUGCAAUAAAAGAUGUCAAAAUACAGAUAAAAUGUAUAAUCCUCAUACAAUUCUGUCCAGCAGAGAUAAGUCCACUGGUGCUUCAGCUAAAAUGGUUUGACCCAGGCCUGGGGACAGCACCAACAAAUAAAUGCACCAUGCCGAGGAGGAGUGGCCACUGAAGAUGUCCCUAGGCAGCAAGGUAAACACUGCCUUUUCUAUUAAAAAGCAGUGCUUACAGCAAAGUUGGAGUAUACUUAACAUAACAAUUAAAUUAAGCUGUAGUUCUUCUGGUGACUUUAGUGUCCUUUAAGAGUCAUUUAAAUGUUUGGCUGGCUUCCAUCUUCACUUUGGCCAUUGUGUUUAUGCAGACUCCGAACAAAUGUACACACAUGCUAAGUCAACAAUGACACACUAACUCACUACGUGGCUGUUUUCACUUUAGUGACAAGCAGCUAUAUAUUUGGUCCGCUGACUAACCCUUUAUUAUGUUAGAUGGAUAUUGCAUACAACAUUCUAUUAUUUUUUUUUUAUUUUUUUAAUCCUCUCAAGAUUGUUGGCCAUAUUCUAUAAACUUGCUACAGUUUUCACUGGAGAAUCUGACUCAUAAUAAUCAGUAAUACAUUUUAAUACCUAAAGACGGUACAGGUGUACUAUAACCAUUUACAAAGUUAAGAGUUUUAUAGACCUAUAGUAAGGUGCACAGUUAAACAAUUCUACCAAAUAGAUUUGUUCACAAAUUCUUUUCAGCUGUGUUGAACAAAUCCAAUUUAUGUUAAUUGUCACCAAAACCAAUCGAUCUGUCUAGGAUUUACAUGUGGAGUCAGACAAAUCUCAACGUAGCUGAAGAUGAUUUGUGCACAACUUGCUUAACCUAGUGCUUGUCACUUUAAUAUAGGUUUAUGUUUAGAACCUACCUUCUGAAUACCUUACAAAACUGUGUGCAUGUGUACCUAGAAUAAUUGAUGCUGGGUUACAGGCAAGGGGUGGUCUCACCAAAUAUUGAUUUGAUUUAGAUUUUUUUUUUUUCCCCUGUGCACUCACUUAGGAUUUUGUUAAUUGAAAAAGAAACUAAAAUAUACUAACAUUUCUACUUUUGCAAUUCUUACUCUACAGUGUUUUUAACACCUGCAAAAACUUUGGCACAGCAGUGUGUACUUUUCUAUAUAUAAAAUAUUUUUUUCCUUUUUUUUUUUUAAUGGAGUAAAAUAACAUUUGGGCUGUGACUGUUUAUACGUGGUAUCCGUGAGUGCAGGAAAUGUAUGGAUAUAUAAACUUAUCAACCACAACCGUAAAACCAACCUGCCUAAUAUAAUGUAGGUCACCCUCAUGCUGCCAAAACAGUUCUGAUGUGUCAAGGCAUGAACUCCCCAAGACCUCUGAACAUGUCCUGUGGUAUUAGGCACAAAUACAGCAGCAGAUCCGUUAACCCCUUAAGGACCAAACUUCUGGAAUAAAAGGGAAUCAUGACAUGUCACACAUGUCAUGUGUCGUUAAAGGGACACUAUAGUCAACUACAGCUUAUUGAAUUUGUUCUGGUGAAUAGAAUCAUUACCUUCAGGCUUUUUGCUGUAAACACUGUCUUUUCAGAGAAAAUACAGUGUUUCCAUUACAGCCUAGUGAUAACUUCACUGGCCACUCCUCAGAUGGCUGUUAGAGAUCCUUCCUGGGUCAUGGCUGCCUAAAAUGCAUCCAAACAUUCAGUAUCUCCUUCCUCUGCAUGCAGACAUUGAACUUUCCUCAUAGAGAUUCAUUGAUUCAAUUCAUCUCUAUGAGGAGAUGCUGAUUGGCCAGGGCUGUGUUUGAAUUGUACUGGCUCUGCCCCUGAUCUGCCUCUUUCAGUCUCAGCCAAUCCUAUGGGAAAGCAUUGUGAUUGGCUCAGGCCACCACUUCUGAUGUCAGUGGGCAGGUCUAAAGGAAACACGGACAAACUAUGCAGCUGCAGGCUUGAAUUCAAGUAAGAUUUUUACUUUAUUGUUAGAGGCAUGAGAGACCAGGGUGGUUAGAUGGUGGUUUUAACCCUAUAGGGUCAGGAAUACAUGUUUGUGUUCCUGACCCUAUAGUGCUCCUUUAAGUCCUGCAUGUUGCGAGGUGCUGUCUCCCUGCCGUGAGUCACUUCCUCCCAGAUAGUCAGUCUGUAUCUGCAUGUGUGUUACUGUGAGUGUCAGUGUUUAUAUCUGUGUAUCUGUAUGUGUAUCACAGUGUGUGUGUGGCAGUGCAUGUGUACAUGUGCAUACAUCUCAUCAUUCAAAUCGCCAACACUACAUACAAACACAGUCCUGCACUGAAACGUCAACAAUACAUACAAACACACCUUUGUGUUAAACACCAGAAAUAUAUAUUAAAAAAAAUCUACACAUAUAUGCAUGCUUGCAUUCAAACACCAACAACACAUACAAACACACCCCUACAUUUACACAAACAUACUCCAUACAAAAACAUGCUUCCAUUCAAACACACCUCAGUGCUAAAUACAACUCUGCACGCAUGGGAAAAUGGUUCCGCUACAGCGUUGGGAAGGGGAGAGCGUGAUUGCAUGUCAGGGAGUGGGGAUCAGGGGGCCCCAUCAAAUGCUUGCCCAGGGCCCAAUCAAUAUUAAAGAUGGCCCUGUAUAUAUCACACCCUUGACAGGUGCCAUUGUAACGAUAUAAUUACUAAUGUUAUACACUGAUUAGCCACAUUAAAACUACUGAAGUGAAUAUUUUUUUUUUUUGUUUCUUCAUAUUAUGCUUUGGAGAUUAAGGAUCACAUACUGAAAGUGUUUGCAAAAUCUUGCAUUUCGACAGCUUAGUCAUGAAACUGUAAUCAUUGCUUUCUUAUCUCGAACACAUUUUGUUUCUUGCUUAUGGUGUCUGUUAUGUGUUAUACUUUUUUUCUGUCUUUUUUCCCUUUUAGGUCAUUUGUAAAUCUGAAGCUCCUACAGGGGAUGUAAUGCUCGAUGAAGCCUUAAAACAUAUAAAAGAAACCCCUACCCCAGAGACUGUGCAGAGCUGGAUUGAGCUUCUUAGUGGUAUGUGAAUAAUAUUUACUGUUUUUAUUUAAGGUAGAUUAAUGUGUAGAUAUAUUGAGAUCUGAAGAUGGUUUUCUUCGUCCCUUGUCUAAAAGUAAUGUAUAUUUUAACAUUUAUUUUGGUUGUUUUCAUUUGGGAAAACCACAUAUAGUUUUUAAUGAUUAAAGAUUUUGACAUCCUGGUCAUAAUUAUUUAAUACCAGUUUUUUCGCUCCAUUACCAAGACCAGCACUCUGCAUGCCGCUUGUUUGCAGCAUUGUUACAGGCAGGUUCCCAUGUGGAAUUGCCUGACACAUAUAUGAGACGUUCAACACAAUUUGUUUUUGUGUUGAAAACACUGCAUACAGUCUUAUGGAAGUAUUGUCUAAACAUUGUCUGUGCACAAGGACUUGUGUUAGAACCACUGUUCUUUUCAAUAUAUGUAACUUACAUAAUCUUUAUUAGAAGUGAGCAAGCAAUCCAGAAUUCUGAGUAAUGUUUUGCCCAGUGAUAACCUUGUAGCAUCUUCAGAUGUCACCAGUUCAGCAAAUGAUGAUAAACCUGAUUUUGUCUGUUCUGCAGACAUUGGUGUACACAGGAACGCCUUUUAAAUGUAAUCUCAAAGUUGGUCUCCUGGCAUCCUACACCGCUUCCCACUCGCUUUGGGUUUUUUUUUUUUGCUGCUGAAGAACGAGGACAUUUUUGUCCUAGUAGGUGGUAGUUUGCUGAGAGCAUCCACUGGCAAUAUCGGUCAAUUAUUGGUCCCCCUUUCAGAGAAAUAAAAUUUUUGGCAUUGGUGCUGAGUGACAAGGUACCAAAUUUGCAAUUAAACUGUUAGAAAACGGUCUGCCCUUUGAAGUUAAGAUAGCACCUGGACACUCCUAACCUCAAAACAGCUUUAGCAGCUGAAGUUGUCAUGAAGUUUGCAGGUGGGGGUGUACUUUUUAGGUGCAACAAAAUGGAAGCCGGAUAGGUUACAGUGUAGAAAUAAGAGAAUAAACAAAUAAAAAUAAACAGCAGAACUGAGACUCCAUUUUAAUAAAAACAUUUUUUCUUACUUUAUUUCCCACAGUAAACUGUAACGUUUUAGAAAAAACAAUGGUUUUGUAUGCUGCCAAACAAAUUUUAGCGAAAAUAAAGGAAGAAAACAUUUUUACAUUUGAGUUUCCACUCUGCCAUUUAUUAUUUUUGCAUACAUAUUUAUGUGUAAAGACCUCCAACAGCCUUGGCACCUGAGACAUGGGGAAAAUCUGCAUUUAAAGGCAUUGAAAUAUAAACCAUUAUGGCAAUUAAUGCCAUAUCCUCCUGAGGAUAGUUCAUAAUACUGAUUUAGUUACUGUGAAAUAAUCAUAUAUUUUUUUUUUUUUGUACUUAAUUUAGCACUUUAGUGUUCGGAAUACAGUUUUGUAUUCCUAACUCUAAAAUGUUCCCCCUAUUCUAGUGCCGAGGUCCCUUGGCACUGGCUUCAUAUCCUCCUCUGUCAGCAGUGCCAAAGAGGGACCUAAUGCCAUGUGUAUUGAGCCAUCCCCAAGAAAAAAGUAUUGAUUCAGUGCUUUCCUAUGGGGGAUUUGAAGAUGGAUGUCCUCAUGGACAGGAGGAACCGCCUCUAGUGGCUGUCUAGUAGUUCGCCACUAGAGGCAGUCAUAACACUUUCAUGUAAACAUAGCACUUUCAGAGUUAACAGAUAAAAUAGCAGGGUUAAGGUGACUGUGCACCCAGAACACUUAAUUGAGAUGAUGUUAUGUUAUUAUUUAAGAUUAUGUUAUUAUUUAUAUAGCGCUAACAAACUCCGCAGCGCUUUACAGUGGGUGAACGAACAAACAUGUAGUUGUAACCAGACAAGUUGGACACACAGGAACAGAGGGGUUGCGGGCCCUGCUCAAUGAGCUUGCAUGCUAGAGGGAGUGGGGUAAAGUGACAUAAAAGAUAAGGAUAGUAUUAGACUAAUUAAACUAACAGUUUAAUUCAUACGCUUUUAUGAAGAAGAGGGUUUUUAAUGACUUUUUUUGAAGGAGUGGAGACUGGGUGAGCGUCUAACGGAGGAGGGAAGUGAGUUCCACGGGAACGGUGCAGCCCUCGAAGUCUUGAAGGCAAGCAUCAGAGGUGGGAGUACGGACAGAAGAUAGACGUAAGUCUUCAGCAGAGCGUAAGGGCCUAGACUGGACAUACUUGUGUAUUAGGAGGAUAGAUAGGUGGGAGCAGCAUUAUGUAGUGAUUUGAAAGCAAGAACCAGAAUUUGAAAUUGAGCCCUAUAUCUUACAGGAAGCCAAUGUAGGGACUGACAGAAGGAUGAGGCGUGGGAGGUGCGGGCGGACAGGAAGAUGAGCCUUGCCGCCGCUGUCAUUAUGGACUGUAAUAGCGCAAGUUGGGAGAACAUAAGACCACUGAGAAGCGGAUUACAGUAGUCAAGGCGAAAAAGGACUGGGGAAUGGACCAGCACCUUAGUCGCAUCUGGCGUUAAGUAGGGUCGGAUGCGUGCAAUGUUUUUGAGAUGGGAUUUGGCGAUAGACUAAACAUGAGGCGUGAAGGAGAGGUCGGAGUCCAAGAGAACGCCUAGACAGCGAGCCUGCGUGGUGGAGUAGAUGGUAGCACCGUUGAUUUGGAGGGAGGGAGACACAAGAGUAGCAACACUUGAGGGAGGAAAGACCUGAAUUUCAGUUUUGGUUGAGUUUAAGGAAGUGGGCAGCCAUUUAUUGGGAAUUAUCCCCGUAUGUAUACAGUUAGAAAUAGCAGUGACGCAGUAGUCAAGAGGGACGGGGAGAGAUCUGGAGAGAACAGAUUGGAAUACGAAUGACACGCAGAUCUAUGUCCCUUUAAGAAAAGAGGCGUUUACUUCAAGAAAGUCCUUAUUUUAUCUGUUUAAAAUGCAAAGAUAUAUAUAUAUUUUUUUUUAUUUUUUUUCAACAGCACUAAAAAAAAAAUUCUUGUUAGAAUUUUAAAUGGGUUUAAUGGGUUUUUGGUGAAUGCUUCAUGAACAGAGAGCCAAGCGAGUUCCUGUGCAAUGUAGUAUCACUGCAUUAUUCUGAAGUACUGCAUAAUGACUACUCGAUAACCUCUAAAGCUUGUCAUUUUUUUUUAAUAUUACAUAAUAAAAUGUCAAAUUAGAAUUAUUUAAAUUGAAUGAAAUGUUCCAUUCCUGACCAGCAGUCUACAAACCAAACAAAACUGCAGUUUUAUCCCAUAUUUAUGUGAUAGGUAAGUAUCAAAGUUUCCAAUUGUUACGUUAAUAUUUUUCUAAUGGGGGGGCAGGGAAUGUAGUGAAGUGUUUGAUAUGCUUGGAUAUAUUGGAAUUGCCAUCUACGUUUACGUAUCAAGUUCAGCUAUUGUAAAAAAAAUGUAAAUAUUUUUUUCUCCUGGCAUUAAAACCUAAUUUUCUUUUCAGGUGAGACAUGGAAUCCGUUGAAACUACACUUCCAGUUAAGAAAUGUACGUGAACGUCUAGCUAAAAAUCUUGUUGAAAAGGGUGUCCUGACUACAGAGAAGCAAAACUUUCUUUUGUUUGACAUGACCACGCAUCCCCUCACCAACAACAACAUCAAGCAACGCCUUAUCAAGAAAGUGCAGGAAGCGGUCCUUGAUAAGUGGGUAAAAGAUGCUCACCGCAUGGACAAGCGUUUGUUGGCCCUUAUUUACUUAGCCCACUCUUCUGACGUCAUAGAGAACGCCUUUGCACCACUCUUGGAUGACCAGUAUGAUCUUGCCAUGAAAAGAGUGCGUCAGUUGCUUGAUUUGGACCCCGAAGUGGAGUGUACAAAACCGAAUGCUAACGAAAUCCUGUGGGCCGUAGUAGCCACCUUCACUAAGUAAAGGCAGCGGACUGGAAUGUUCAUUACGUUAAUACGGUUGUUUCUGCUUGACAUUUUCAGUAAUUUGUAUUUUUGCUUAAUUUGAAUCAGCCAAGAAGACAUUGUCCAUUCGCAGGAUCCUGCUGGUACAAGACAACUUCCUGUUGAAAGAACAAUAUUGCCAUAUUGGCAUUCCACUACUCCUUAAUUUCAUGUACCUAAUAAACCAUUAGUUUUUUUUUGUUUUUUUUCCUUCUCUACCGAAAAGGUUUAGAUCUAAUAAAUGUCUGCAAGGCUCAUACACUUGCACAGCUGUAAACUUGUCUCAAGUUUAUCCACCAGUACUUUUGCAAGGAUACAAAAGUCACACAAAGGUCUUUGAAUCACCAAAGUUGAAUUGCUCAGUCCCUUUCGCCACACUUACAUUUGUUAGGUGCAUUAUAUAACCAUUUUAACAUGGUUAUAUUUUUAUGCUGCUCAGCAAGCUUUUUUUUUUUUUUUUUGAAUCCUUCAUUACCCCAUGACCACCCCCUUGUAAAUUUAGUGUACACGCUGUCAAAAUUUUAAAUCUUUAAACUGUUAGUGUAGAACUCUAGUGGUUUUGAAAGCCAUUUUGAUAUUGGGGAACAUUCCAUUACUAAAUGUAAAUAGUUUCACAUGUAUAGCGAAAUUUUCACCUUGGUCCCCCAAUUUUUUUCUUUCAAGAAAAUACCCUCCUAACAUCAUGUCCUACUAAGAUCUAAAACAUUUCAUACCUUAUUUGCACGCUUCCAAUCUAAAAAUGUACUGUGAAUCACACCGUUGAUGGGCUACGCAUGAGCUAGUGGUUCCAUCGUUUCUGUUCUGUGGAUGAGGAGCUUUUGUGAUCCGUACAAAAUAUUGGGUGCAGGUUUUAAUUUUCAGUGUACUCUUGUAAUUUAAUGUUUCUGUAAAUCUGUCCCCUGUCUGUAUAAGCCUAAACCCCAUCCAAUUGUCUCCUUAAAAUGUUGCAUGCUCAUGUUUACAGAUGACUAGCUCAAACAACUAAACACUAUCUGUAACAGGACAAAACUAUUUUGAUUUUAUAAAUAUAUAUUUUUUGUUAUAAGAUUAUACAGGAUAGCACAUUAUUGGACAAAUUUCAUGUUGAUGUUCACGUUUGUUACCCGACAUAAUUUGUUAGCCUGUCAUAAUUUUUCUGUUGGUUUCACUCUGUAAAUAAAAUACAGUGAAUAUAAAUCACCCCCUUUUAGUGCUGGAGGGAUGUGAUCAGGUUGCCGCCAUUCUGCAGCGUCGCAGCACAGGAAGGGAUAAUGUGGGAUUUCGAGACGAUGAAAGAAAUAGUUUUUGUUAGUAUACUGAAAAAAUGGUAACUAUUGUUGCAUUUAUCAGAUUCCCUCUUAUCUGUAUACUAGCUUUUUAUUAUCUGGUAAAUAAACUAUGAUCUUUAAAGUGCCUGAAAUAGGUGAAUCUUGAGUGAUUUGUAAACAAAGGGUAUUUAAGUACUUUUGUAAAUCAAUAUUGGUGCUUUAAAUCUAUCCAGCAAAUACCAACUCUGUUCUAGUUGAGUUGCUGUUCAGUUUCACCUGUAAUUCUGCGUUUGAGCAAUAAAAACUCGCAAAG